AGUAAGUUGCUAUGAGUUUGAGCUUUUUCGGUUUGUAAGAAUUACCCCCGGUGAGAAUGGUACUCUGACGAACAUAUUCCCCCCCUGUAUUUUUGACCCUCCCCUCCCAUCAGCCUCGUUUUGCUUCCUUGAGGGAAGGACUUUCUGUUUUUUUUUUCCAAUUCCCUGACGCGAACUGAAGCACCACCAUCACAAGCAGUAAAACAACAUCAACCCCACGUCCCCACACACACACACACAAAAUGACGAGCACAUCCCCCGACCCGCUUCCCAGCUCUAUUUCAGAGCACCAGCCAAACACCAAAUCCGCCAAGACCACUACCAUCACCCUGGACCUCCUUCAAGUUCAAAACGUCGACCUGCAAGUCCAGGAAGGAACCAAGGUGAUGUUUCAAACUUCCUGGGCGAACCAAGACGGCAACGAAUCGGUUUCUGACGCGCCGAUUCUCACGUCAAAAGUCCUGGACUCCCUCCUCACCUGGCGCGGGAGGUCGUUUACUUAUGACAACACCGUGAAGGAAAACAAAGAUUCCAAAUUUGUCAUUUGGAUUCUGUUUCAACCACAAGUGCAGUAUGGGGGAAGUGAUAAGGCCAUCGCCGGCAGUCACAUCUGUGUCAUUCCACUACCGAUCUCGGACAUUUUUGGCUACACCAGAAAAAGCAUCACUGAGGACGAUUCGAUUAUCGGAAAAAAGCUGGAAAAGGAGCUCACUUUCUAUCUUCCCGAGCCGCUAGCGGACUUGCUGCAGGACUGGUCGUAUGAUGAAUGUUUGGAGCAGUACGAGGCCUUGCGGGUGGUACCGGGGAAUGCGACACCGACCCGGGGAUCAGUUGCUGCGGUAGGGAACAAUACAAACUGGAUCCUCGAUCCGGGAUCGGAUCGUGGUACAACUGCGACGGCCGGGCAAACGGAACCGAAAAUCCAAAUUCGGGUGACCUUGCAGCGAGCGGCGAACUACGUUGCACCAGAUAUUUUGUUCGCGCCGGGAAGAUUGGGAAGCAGAUCGAAAGAGGAGACCACAAAAGGCAGCCAAGAACAUGAUCUUACGAGGUCUGCUUCCUCGCGAAGAAAAGGCGACCGCCGUCCAGAUGAAAAGAAAUCCAGGAGGAAAACAAGCAGAGAACGGCACAAAAUUAACCAUGGUAGUAUGAAAACAGGCUUUAAAGACAAACGGAAGGCGUCUCUCACGUCGUCAAAUCCUGGUUUAGGCGAUAACUUGCGGUAUGUCGAUGCGCUGCACGUCACGUCUAGCAGUUCUUUUCCCAGAAGAUCAAGAAGCACGUCGCCUAACGACCACGUAGGCUGGCAAGUAGGUCGACGAGAACAUCAAGCUAGAGGGUUUUCUCCGCCUCUUUCCGAGCCACCGCCACGUCCGGAGUAUUUGAGGCAGUUCUCGCCAGGGUCGCUGUACGGAAAUCGGGUGUCAAGAGGGAGCUUCAACUCGCUCAAAAAUGAGAAUCAUGCCUAUAGCACAACAACUGCCGGGUUUGAUAAUGGGAUAGUCACAUCCAAUUUCGAGAUGUUGAAUCAGCCACCUUCGCCAAACAGCUCCCCGAUGAACAUGCUACUUGGGAACAACAACAAUCAUGUGUUGAAUAACCGUCAACAUCUUCGCAGCAAGAAACCCCACUAUCAUCACCACCAUGAUAUAAUCGCGCCGCCGUGCAACACGCCAGAUAUGGAUUUUAUGGAUCUGAAUUCCAGAGCGACCGGAGAAAUUGUGGUCGGCGCAGCAGAACAGGUAAACGAUCUUCAAAACUUUACUUCCGGCGCACAAGGGGGUGUACAGGAGAUGUUGCAACAGCAUCAACAGAAUCUUAUGCUCCAGAACAAUUUGAACAGGAACACCACUGCCAGUAAUGCCACGACGAACAACUUGGGCGUGCGGUUGAACUCCGUCGUGCAGAAUAUGACGGUUCUCCUAGAAGAGGAGCUCCAACAGCACCUCGAGCAGGUGCACAGCGACAUGAGCAACGAGAAGACCAAAGUGCAGAAAUUUCUCCAGCAGAUUUUCAAUGACAUUGAGAAGACGCAAAAACUCUUUUCGAAGGAGAAAAAAAGAUUGAAACUACUGCAAAAUAAAAUCCUGCUCUCCACACAAGGCCCAAGCGGGUUUCUGCUAAACGCUCUGGACGAGAGUUUCGCGUUUGGUGUCGAUGGGCAGCAGGGGGUAUAUUACAAUAACCCCGGGAUCGAAUCGGUGUCCUCCACUUCGAGUGAACAUUUACUGACGGAAACUGGGACGAGUCCGGACCCGAGUUCUGAACUACAACUCGGGCAAGUAGAACAUCAAAUGGCACAACAACUUUCUGGAGUGACGAGAACCACUUCGGGGGGUAAAACAGUAGAUGCUGUGGGGAAGUCGCAGCUGCACCACGGUAUUACUAGUUCCGCGGCGCCAGUUCUCAACGCCGGGACGAGCACGGCAACAACGAUACACACAACAGCGUUGCUGCAAAACCAUCCCGAAAUGAAAACAACUAGUACCACAACUCCCAGUCCUGCUACCGUGACCUUCGCGAAGAUGAAUACAACAUCGUCCAAUAGUCCGAUGGUGCGGGAUAUCAGCAUCGACUCCCCGGAGUCGCCGGUGCUGCGGGGGAAGCGAGCGUAUUCGAAAGGCCCGAUGUCCACGUUUCAUUUGAAUGGGGUAGAAACCACCGAGGAACUGGAGUUGGAUGCGGAACAAAGCGGGGUCAGGGUGGGCAACAACGGUACUGGUAAUAACUUCAGUCUUCAGAGCGGGCCGGCCGAAAGCGGAGAGACAACCAUAACAGAUGAUGUCGCGCGAACGCCAAUAGUCACUGCUGAGCUGGCACCGGAACGCGGCAGGGGGUUGACGGAGAACUUGCUCUGGAAUAUGAACACGAUUCCGCCGAUAUGAAAGUGACAAAUCUCCCCACCCCAUACUCAAACUAGAAAUUUGUGAUGCAGAUUUGUGGUCACAAAUCAGCUUUGUCAUGCUAGAAGGGAAAAGAUGCGGACUGUAGUGCUGGUUGGCGUGGGAAAGCCUUGCAUCUUCAGCAUUACAGGGGGCAGCUGGAAGUGGGAAACAGCAUGACAAAUUGUCUGCAAAGGGGGCCGCAGCUGCGUCUCUUGGCCUUCUAGCAUGACAAGUCGAUUUGUGUACUCAAAUACAGCAUCACAAAUUUCGUUUUCGAUAUGGGGAGGGGGGAUUUUUCCUUUUGAUAGCCGAAUCAAUUUAGAAACGCGGGCGACGCGGCCGGGACUGGGGGCAUGGCGCAGGCGUCGAAGGAAAGCAACUUGAGCAUGGUAAGUACUUGCUUUUUAUUCAAGGUUGUUUGGUCGGUCAUCUUCCCACUAGAAAAUGAAUAAAUGUUGCGGUGCUUCUAAACAGCAUUCCCUCGUCGGCUAAAGGGCCCUGAGAUGGGGUCUUUGCUUGGAAAGGUGCGUCAUCUUUUAUGCUGACGCGCAUGGUGUGCUCUGGCUUUCGAAAUUGCCUUUCUGUUUUCUUCAUCUUCUUCAAGGACUUCUCCAGUUUUCCUGCGUCGAGCGUCCCCCCGGCUAAAGGGCUCCGGGGUGUGGUUUUUUAUUGCAGUAGAAAGCACUGCUUCCUGAAGACCGGGGCGGCAUGCUGACUUUCCAGUUUGCCUAUCGGUUUUCCUUUGCAAGAGUCCCAUUUUUACUGCGUCAAGCGUCCCCCCGGCUAAAGGGCUCCGGGGUGCGUUUUUUGGUAUGCAGUAGAAAGCACUGUUUCCUGCAGACCGGUGCGGCAUGCUGACUUUCCAGUUUGCCUAUCGGUUUUCCUUUGCAAGAGUCCCAUUUUUACUGCAUCAAGCGUGCCCCCGGCUAAAGGGCUCCGGGGUGUGUUUUUUGGAUUGCAGUAGAAAGCACUGCUUCCUGAAGACCGGGGCGGCAUGCUGACUUUCCAGUUUGCCUAUCGGUUUUCCUUUGCAAGAGUCCCAUUUUUACUGCAUCAAGCGUGCCCCCGGCUAAAGGGCUCCGGGGUGUGUUUUUUGGAUUGCAGUAGAAAGCGCUGCUUCCUGAAGACCGGGGCGGCAUGCUGACUUUCCAGUUUGCCUAUCGGUUUUCCUUUGCAAGAGUCCCAUUUUUACUGCAUCAAGCGUGCCCCCGGCUAAAGGGCUCCGGGGUGUGUUUUUUGGAUUGCAGUAGAAAGCGCUGCUUCCUGAAGACCGGGGCGGCAUGCUGACUUUCCAGUUUGCCUAUCGGUUUUCCUUUGCAAGAGUCCCAUUUUUACUGUAUCAAGCGUGCCCCCGGCUAAAGGGCUCCGGGGUGUGGUUUUUUGACUGCAAAAGGGAGCUCUCUUUUCUGCGGACGGGGACGGUAUGCUGCCUUUGGAGUUUGCAUGUGCCCCAUUUUCGCGACGUCAAGCGUUCCGUCGGCUAAAGGGCUCCGGGUUGUGUUGUUUGAUUGCAGAAGGGAGCUCUCUUGUCUGCGGACGGGGACGGUAUGCUGCCUUUGGAGUUUGCUUCUCCGUUUUCUUUCUCAUGUGCCCCAUUUUCGCGACGUCAAGCGUUCCGUCGGCUAAAGGGCUCCGGGUUGUGUUGUUUGAUUGCAGAAGGGAGCUCUCUUGUCUGCGGACGGGGACGGUAUGCUGCCUUUGGAGUUUGCUUCUCCGUUUUCUUUCUCAUGUGCCCCAUUUUCGCGACGUCAAGCGUUCCGUCGGCUAAAGGGCUCCGGGUUGUGUUGUUUGAUUGCAGAAGGGAGCUCUCUUGUCUGCGGACGGGGACGGUAUGCUAGCUUUGGAGUUUGUCGCUCUGUUUUCUUUCUCAUAGGCCUCAUUUUUGUAACAUCAAGCGUUAGGUCGGCUAAAGGGCUCCGGGGUGCGAUUUUUUCCUGCAAAAGGGCGGCUUCUUUCUUGCCGGACUGCGCGGUAUGGCGGAUUUCGCACUGAGUCGUCCAAUUUCUUUCUGAUAUGCCCCAUGUUUGUAACGUCAGGCGUUAGGUCGGCUAAAGGGCUCCGGGGUGCGAUUUUUUCUUGCGCGCGCGUUUUUUUUGCCGACGCGCAUGGUGUGUUGGACUUUAAAAGUGCUUGUCGGUUUUCAUCUUUUUCAUAUGUUUCGUUUUUCCUGCAUGAAGCGCCCCCUCGGCUGAAGGCGCACAGGAAAGUACACUCGAAAUUUAUAACUACAACAGCACCCUUUCCAGAACCUUCGCACCGACAGCCCGAUUCCGGCUACCAGAUCUAACCGCAGUGGUGGCCAACAACUCGACAUCAACACGGUUUUGAAUCUGGACAAUGCUGGUUCCUCUUCUUCCUCGAAUCGGAAUAUUAUACCACAGCGCCAACCCUCCCCCAUGCACACUAAUAACCAAAAUCCCGCUCCUUCGGUUCUCACCCCCACCGCGACCUAUCACUCGACCGGCUCCACGAUGGAGUCCAAUCGGAUCGACAAGCCGAGCUUGGAGGUGCUGGAAGAGGAGCACGUGGUCCGCGCCGGGCCGGAAAAGAAUCGGCAGGUGAUGGAUGCGUUGGAUAGGAUUGAGACGCCCCGAUCCAGGCGUGGCGAGCAAUUGGGGUACAGCACUGCCAGUAAUAUUUUUACCGGUGGAUAUCAGUCUGAUUCCAGUAUGACAAACCGGGAGCAAUUCGAGUCGAUUGGAAUGCUGCCGUUGAUGCAGACCGGGGUUUCCAUGAAAUUAGAACCUUUGUCGGAGACGGAGGAAAUCCUGUUAGAACGGGAGAAAAAGUGCCAAGCGAUCAUCGCGCGGUUGGAAUUGGAAAGAGACAUGCUGCGGUGGUCGCUACAGAAGGAGAGAACCAUGUCACUACGAGUAGCCGACGCGGCACAGAUGAACCCAGCGGUUGGUGGGUUGACGCGGUCGAUGAAUAAGCCAGGGGGGGAGCUUCUACAUUACGGUUUAGUACAAACAGCUCAAUUACCCGGUGGCUCUUCGCAACAUCAUCUUCCGUUGAACAUUCACCACUCUGUGUCUUCGCCGCUGAAUCUGUUGCAGAGGAAUCAGACGAAUUCGAAAGAAAUCCUCGCUGGCGCGGGGGCGAACAGCGACGAGAACAAUGCACCAAGUGGUGCUGCUACAGCAGCUGGUACAAAUAUCGCAGCCAACGUGAUACUGCCUACAAUAUCGAAUCAGUCGAGCAGUAGCAACGUGAUGAAGCUGGAGAUGCUGGAAUCCGAGGAAAUGGUGAAAGAGCAGGAAAAAAUGAAGGAUUUGAGAAGAUCCUUGGACGGAAUUUCCGCAAUGCAGCACACGAUCUCCGGCGGCUCGCAAUCAGAAACGGAAUCGGUGGUGCAGCAGGACAAGGCGACUAUGAACAAAUCGUCGAAUUUAGCAGGAUUAGGAGGACAUCAGAGGGACGACGGGGUCAUAGACGGUGUUCACGGUGGAGGUUCUUUUUCCGCGGGAGUAACAGGUUCAUCCUCCAGCAGCUCCUCGAAUUUGGUCCCGGGUGGCUCUAUGUCUGUGCAACUCCGGGGAGGAACUGGUAUGGAAGCGGACAGGAAUUACAACGCUGGAACAGGAGGAGGUGUGGUCUCCUCUUCUCACGAAGUCGGAGGAGACACUACAGGUAAUACUGCUACUUCCACCCCGGCGAACACAACGACGACGCAGUCGAAGCUGAAAUUGGACCGAAUUUCAGAGAUAGAGGAGUUAUUGUACGAGGAGUAUGUGCAGCACGGGAAUGAAUACGCGCAGCAACUCGAGAUUUUGAAACAGGAGUAUAAACGGAAGGAAUCCAUUCUUCGGCAGAGAUGGUAUCCUGUGUAAAAACGUCCCCACCCCAGAGUUGUCAUGCAGAUUUGCCAUGACAGGAACAUUUGUGAUGCGCAACCCCAUGACAGGCAUUUUCAAUCGUGUUUGGGAACUUGNUCCCCACCCCAGAGUUGUCAUGCAGAUUUGCCAUGACAGGAACAUUUGUGAUGCGCAACCCCAUGACAGGCAUUUUCAAUCGUGUUUGGGAACUUGCAAUGCUGUAAACAGGAUCAGAAGGUCGAUUUGUGAUGCGGCUUUCCUUGCUAACUUGCACUACCUUACGGACUGAAACUUGUCAUGCGUGACUCCUAAAACUCCUAGGUUUGUGUUGCAAAAUCCCCAUCCUGACUCUGGUAUGGGUACGUUUUUACUCAGGAUAGAUGGUCCAAAGAGCUCAUCCAGGAGCAAAACCGCAUUUCCGCGCAACAGGCGGUUGCUGGUACGAUGAAUAGUAUGAUGCCAAUGAAUCAACUCGCAACCAACAACAGUAAAUCAGCUGGGAUGAUGAUGAACAAUAGUAAACUCAAUCUGUCCAGUUUAGAUCAGGGAGAUCUGAACCUUCGGUCGCACAUGGCGGUCAACCUUGAGCAAAGUUCCAGUAGCACCAGUAGUUUCAUACCCUCAAGUUCAUCUCUAUCCUGAUUAAAAAUGUCCCCACACCAGAGUCAAGAUGGGAUAUCUGCUAGACAAAUCGACUAGCCUUCGCUGUUUCGCAUGACAAGUCUGCCCUCAUAGUGUGAUCCUGUUUCGCUAGUUCAGCAGCAUCACAGAUCUAGCAUAUGAUGCUGAUUCUAGCAACACAAACUCCAAAACAGAACUAGAGUAUGCUUCUCAUGGGGCUUCGCAUGAGAAACUUUUUUGGCAUGCUGAUUUGCAUGACAACUCUGGGGUGGGGAUGUUUUUACUCAGCAUAAUCUCUCGCUGCAGUGCAUCCAGAGUCCUCUGGUGCGGGGCUGUAUGGCGAAGAGGGUUCGGGGACGCCCCCAGAUUCAAUAUCAAAUGUAAAAAUGUCUGGGUCUGGAAGGAUACAACUUGUGAUGCUACUUUUGGAAUCUACAUAAAAACUGUAUUGCAUGAACAGCAAAAGAGGUGUAAUUUGUGCUACGCGGAGAGGGCAUUUCUCAUGCGGUAUGAGCAUCAGAAAGCCCUCGCAAAAUCUCUAAUGCUAGGGCAUGCAUCACAGACCUCAUGGGUCAUGCAAAAUCUGCGUGACAAACUCCUGCACUCUUCCAGACCCAGACAUUUUUGCAGUCCAUACGCAAGUAGUACCGCCAACCUUGGGUUUUCGUCUAUGCCGGCCUCGGGCGAAACGCCGCCGCUGCCAGAGGAGGACGGGGCUGGUAAUAAUAUGCACGAGGGACUUCAAAAUGAGGAAGACGAUAGCAUUGCCCCAGUGUCGAAUCAGGUGCUACGGAAAACGACCUUGGGAAGGUUAGGGUCCAAAACGAUGGAAGAUUUGGAGGAAACUUUUGUAUGAUAGACGGGUUUAUUUUGGACAAGCGGGAGCAGUUUCGUCCAGAAACAGAAUUCACAGUUUCAUUUAAUAUUUGUAGACUGUUUCAAGAAGUAGAGAACAGCUUCGAUUCGACCCCGAACUUAUGUCUCAUAUUUUGAGUGAAGAAGAUUUGGCACCAUUUCUUUUGUUGCGGAAAAACGGCUUUUCUUCAUGGAUCAGAACUUUCAAAGUUGUCUAUCGCACUUCCAC